CUGCAGCUCACUCUUGACAGGCUGCUUUUCUGCAGAGGGAAUGUACUCACCUGGAGACUAUAGUUGAAUCUGCCUCUUUGCUUUUUGCUGUGCUUCAGUCAUGAGGAACCUGCAUUUCAAGGAUUUCUUCUGGUUCUCAGAUCUGACUUCCACUGUUGGCUACGAUGCCAUCAUUCAGUAUCUCAAUGAUGGAAAGAGAACAUGCAAGGAGGUGGAGGACUUCAUGAAAGCCAGGGCUUCAAUUGAAGAGAGGUAUGCCAAAGAUCUGCUUGGUUUGUCCAAGAAGGUUUGUGGACACAAUGAGAUGAACACAUUGAAACGAUCCCUGGACGUGUUUAAACUGCAGACUGAACAUGUUAGUCUGUCUCACUUGCAACUGGCACAGAACAUGAGGGAGGAGGCAAAAAAACUGGAGGAUUUCAGAGAAAGACAGAAAGAUGCAAGAAAAAAGAUAGAACAACAGAUGGAUGCCCUCCACAAACAGAAGUCCUCCCAGUUUAAGAAGACGAUGGAUUCCAAGAAAACAUAUGAGCAGAAGUGUCGCGAUAAAGAAGAAGCAGAUCAGAACAUGAACCGAAACACCAACACCAACAACACCAAGCUCGUAGAGAAGCUCCACACAAAAGCUCAACAGGCAAAACAGAACGCGGAAGAAGCAGACAGAUUAUACCAACAGCAUGUUACAACUCUGGGAAAAAUUAGAGAUGACUGGCUGAAGGAGCACAUAAAUGCCUGUGAGAUAUUUGAAAAACAGUCGAUAGAACGUAUAAACUUCCUGAGGAACACAGUGUGGACUCAUCUCAACCAGCUUUCCCAGCAAUGUGUCACCAGCGAUGAGCUGUAUGAGGAAGUGAGGAGGUCACUGGAACAAUGUGACAUCCAGGAAGAUAUCGAACAUUUUGUAAACCUCAGACGGACUGGAGAUAAACCCCCAGCUCCAGUUGUUUAUGAGAACUUCUACACGGGUCAGAGGUCUCCUGGACCGCCACCCUCUCGGCUGCCUCCACCAGUCAUCAGGAGGGGACCAUUACCUGAACCAAUACAAAGCAAUAGAGAUGAUGCACACCACUCUGUGUUGCUGGAUGGAGACUACAGUGUGAUCCAGUAUUAGCACAUGCAUCUCCAGCAGUUUCAGACUUACCCAUUAUAGCUCAUUACUUCCUCUUUUUAGGCUUCCUGUAAAUCGUGUUAAAUGGAAAAUUAGUGUCAUAACUGUGUACAGACUGUUUCACUUUAGCUUGUUUCAUGGUAUGAAUGUACUUUGAUCAGGUUAAAGGUAAAUUGUAAAAGAUAAUAUAUGAAAUAAAAUA